AUGGACCUCACCACGACUUCCCAGCUGGGUAGGCUGGCCCUCCUCUGCUUUCUGCUGGGCUUGCAGGGGUCCCUGGCUGCAGUCUUCAUCACUGAGGAGGAAGCCCAAAGCGUCUUGCACAGGCAAAGGCGUGCCAACUGGUUCCUGGAGGAGCUGAGGCCGGGCUCCCUGGAGAGAGAGUGCAAGGAGGAGCAGUGUUCCUUUGAGGAGGCCAAGGAGAUCUUCAGGAACCCUGAGAGAUUGGCACAAUUCUGGAUGUCCUAUAAUGAAGGGGACCAAUGUGCCUCAAAUCCAUGCCAGAAUGGAGGCUCCUGUGAUGACCAAUUGCAGUCCUACAUCUGCUUCUGCCCUGAAGAUUUUGAGGGCCGGAACUGUGAGAAAACUUCCACAUAUUUUGCCAGCCAAGACAGUUGGGUAAACUUGACCUUCCUUACUUGCUAUUACAAAGACAAGAACAGCGAGCUGAUCUGUGAGAAUGAGAACGGGGGCUGCGAGCAGUACUGCAGCAAUCACGCAGAAGCCAAGCGCUCCUGCUGGUGUCACGAGGGGUACGCACUCCAGACCAACGAGGUAUCCUGCGCACCCACAGUUAAAUAUCCAUGUGGAAAAAUACCUGUUCUGGAAAAAAGAAAUGGCCAACCCCAAGGCCGAAUUGUGGGUGGCAACGUGUGUCCCAAAGGGGAGUGUCCCUGGCAGGCUAUGCUGAAGGUGGACGGGGUGCUGCUGUGCGGGGGCACCCUGAUUGGCUCCACCUGGGUGGUCUCCGCAGCCCACUGUUUUGACAAAAUCAAACUGAAGAACCUGACGGUGGUACUGGGUGAGCACAACCUGAGUGAGGAGGAUGGCGACGAGCAGGAACGGCAAGUCGUUCAGGUCACUGUCCCCAGCAAGUACAUCAAAGGCAAGACGGACCAUGACAUCGCCCUGCUCCGCCUGAGCAGACCCGUGGUCUUCACCGACUACAUAGUGCCCCUCUGUGUACCCGAAAAGGCCUUCUCCGAGAGGACGCUGGCCUUCAUUCGCUUCUCCACCGUUAGUGGCUGGGGCCAGCUCCUAGACAAGGGCGCCACAUCCCUGGAGCUCAUGGCCAUCGAUGUGCCCAGAGUGAUGACCCAGGACUGCCUGGAGAAGUCGAAAAUGAAACAGGACUCCCCGAAGAUCACAGAGAAUAUGUUCUGUGCUGGCUACCUAGAUGGGAGCAAGGAUGCCUGCCAGGGGGACAGCGGGGGCCCGCACGCCACCAAGUUUCAGGGCACAUGGUAUCUGACAGGCGUUGUCAGCUGGGGUCUGGGCUGUGCAGCUGAAGGCCACUUAGGGGUGUACACCAGGGUCUCCCGGUACACCGAGUGGCUCCACAGGCUCAUGAGCUCCAAAACACCCUCAGAAGGCUUGCUACAAGCCCCAUUCCCGUAG